UCACCCUUAAUCUCCCUAACCCAUGAAUUCAAAAGGUGAUUACUCACUAAUCUCCAUGAUUCCUCUUAAACCCAUAUUGGAUUUCAGAUUAAUCAUGUAGAGAAAUAGAUAAGAAAUCAACAAGAACACAAGAACAUAACAAUCAAAAAUCCAAGAGAUGAACUUCUCUAGAGAGUUUUUGUGUAUUUUUCAAUAGAUCCAAGAUAGUCUGUCUGGUGGCUACAAAAGAUGUUUAAAACAUAGGUUUUUCCAAGUGCAAAACGUCCAAAAUAAAUUGCAAAAAGGUCCUCGAGAAAUCAUGAUUUUCGGCAGCAAAAUAACGCGGAGCGACUUGCAGGCGUCGCUCCGGAAGGUCGCUCCAGGGCCGAUUUUUGGUGUCUCCGGGCGAGAGGUCCUGAGCGACUUUGGUGUGUCGCUCCAACGGGUCACUCUGGAUCGGGAGCGACCUUGGUAGGUCGCUCUGAGAGGUCGCUCCAGGGUCAUCUAAAACUGUUCGGAGUAACGAGAACGCGAGCGACUUCAUGGCGUCGCUUUAGGAAGGUCGCUCUGAGAAGUGGGACACAGCGACUUCGUGAUGUCACUCCGGGAGGUCGCUCUGGGCAAGUCGCUUCACGGGGUGAGUAUGGCGAGCGACUUCACGGGGUCGCUCCAGCUAGGUCGCUCUGAGAGGUGCUUUGGAGCGACCUCAUGACGUCGCUGCGGAACCUCGCUCCCCUGCUCUGCUCGUCCAAUGAUCGCUUUAAACACUUCUUUUGAGCUCCAAAUGCACCCAAAUGCCUCCAAGAACUCCAUGUGGUACUCCAAUACCUGAUAAAGACUCAUGUAUGCAAAAUGUGCAACCUAAACAUGGCUAAAUCUUAGUCUAUAUGAUCAAAAUGCACAUGGGUGAAUGGAUAAAACAAUGUAAAUAUGCAAGAUAUCACGUGCCACCACAACCACCGGUACGAUGCGACCAAACCGGCUGCACCGUCUCGAGCGCCUACGGCACGUGGCCUGACCGGAAAACCUGCAAGGCGGCUAACAUCACAUACCCGACGACGGAGGAGGAGCUUUGUAAAGCCGUGGCUUAUGCAUCUGAGCACAAUCUCAAGGUCAAAACCGUUACCAAGUUCUCUCACACCAUACCGAAACUCGCUUGCCCUUCCGGUUCAGACGCAAGGCUAAUCAGCACGUCAAAAUACAACUCGGUCAUCGAAAUCGAACCGGACCGGUUAACGGUUACGGCUGACUCGGGAGUUUCGUUGAGAGAGCUGAUCGAUAAAGUGGAAGCAGCUGGGUUUAGCAUUGGAACGUCACCGUAUUGGGAAGGAGUGAGUAUUGGUGGGCUUAUUAGUACUGGAUCCCACGGAAGCUCGUGGUCGGGACGAGGCGGUUCGGUUCACGAUCAUGUUGUCGGGAUCAGCCUUGUGGUUCCAGCGAAUUCAUCUGAACGUUACGCUAAAGUUAUUAGACUUGAAGAAGGAAGAGACGAUAAGCUUCUUAACGCCGUUAAAGUGUCAUUGGGUGUUUUAGGAGUAAUCUCAAAGGUGAAGCUUUCGAUAGAGAAAGCAUUCAAGAGAAGUAUCACGUAUAACUUCACAUCUGACGUAGCUCUUGAAGACAUUUUCAUGGAUCAUGGCAAGAAAUUCGAGUUCGGAGACAUAACUUGGUAUCCUUCUAGAAAAACCGCGGUUUACCGUUACGAUGUACGUUCACCGGUCAACGUCUCCGGCAACGGAGUCAACGAUUUCAUUGGUUUUCAGUCCAACCCUAUCUUGAUCUCUAAAGGGGUUCGAGCAUUAGAGAAGUCACUUGAAGCUAGUAAAAGCGAGAGUGGGAAGUGUACGACGGCUGAUACUACGUUGGCUUACAAGAAAUUAACUGGGAACGGUUUAAAGAACAAUGGUUUACUCUUUACCGGGUAUCCGGUUAUCGGUAACCAAGGAAAGAUUCAGACAUCAGGGUCUUGUCUUUACUCAUCCUCCCUUAGAAUUGAUGUCUCAUGCUCUUGGGAUCCGAGAUACAAUGGUCUGUUCUUCUACGAGACAACUGCUAUAUUCCCAUUACCUCGGUUUAGAGACUUUAUCCUCGACGUGAAGAAGCUACGAGACAUGAAACCAGAAAGACUGUGCGGCAUCGACAUCUACAAUGGUAUCCUCAUACGUUUCAUCAAGGGCUCAAAGGCUUAUCUCGGCCAGGGAGAGGACUCUGUGGUCAUUGACUUUAACUAUUACCGAGCUGACGAUGUGUUGACCCCGAGGUUAAACCAAGAUGUGAUGGAGGAGAUGGAGCAGAUGGCGUUUUCCAAAUACGGGGCAAAGCCGCAUUGGGGGAAGAAUAGGAAAGUGGGUUUCUUUGGCGUGAAGCAAAAGUAUGGACCUAACUUUGACAAGUUCUUGGAAGUGAAGAACAAGUUAGAUCCUAAGAUGAUGUUUUCUAGUGAAUGGUCAGAUGAGAUUCUUUUUGGGAGAGAAGGUUUGAAGUAUGAUGGAUGUGCGCUUGAAGGGAACUGUGUGUGUUCAGAAGACAGGCAUUGUAGCCCUUCUAAUGGUUACUUUUGUAGACAAGGUCUUGUUUACACACAAGCUAGGGUUUGCAGAUUCUCCUCAGCUAAAGUUUCAAUGGCUUAAUUAAAAACUUGUUGUUUCCGGUGAUUAAAAGAUAAUAAGAAUAAAAAUUCAUUUUCA